AUGUUCUACGUUUGGAUAUGGAUUUGGUCACCGACCCAUUCAACCCGAAACUUGAACCAUGUUGAACCUAUGAUAUACCUAGCUGGGCCAGGUGCGGCCUCCGAAUUGGCCAACCCUCCGGACUGCCUCAAGUGCUGUACCUGCUUGAAGGAGAGAAGGGCAGAGGAGGUUGCGGUGGAACAGGAGCGCUCCCUGCCUGAAGAGGAUGAGCGCGUCGUGCAAGCUGCGGUGCAGACCGAGGAUGCCACGGUCCAAGGCGUCGACUGCGAUGAGGCCCAGCGUGAGGGCUGGGCCCUGCGGCUGAACGACCUGGAGACCCAACUGGCACUCAGCGCGACGCGGGAGCUAGACCGCAUGGCGCAAGUGGAGGCCAAGCUGCGGACCGUGGUCGGCGCCAAGAACGAGGUCAUCGAUGAGCUCAAGGAUGAACUGGGCCGCCGUGAGCAGGAGAUCCUGGAGGCAAACGGAGCUUCCUGGUGCGACUCGCAGCGGGAAGAGAGUGCAGCGCGCGGAGUGCGUGCGGCGUUGUGUGGCCUCAACGCCACCACUCCCAAUGAGAGCGAGAGAGAAGAACGGAAGAAGACCACGUGUGACCGGAUCCUCCGGGCCGAGGUGCCCAGCGACGGGGCGGUGACCCUGGCGGUGACCGCUCCGCGAGCCGCGCCCGAGGCAUCAGGCUCACGGCAUCAAGGACUUGCCAUCGUGGCGGACGACGGCUUCCGAGUGAGAUAUCAACUGCAAAUCCAAAGCCUUCGCUGCUACGCCCGGGCGCAAGGCUAUGACUUCUGGCUGCUGCAGGGUAGCGAGUUCCCGGAAUGCCAACCGUAUAGCAGUGUGGAGGACUUCUUCUUCCAAAAGCAUUGCGCCAUCGCCAAUCUUCUAGAGCAGCAGGAGGAUCGGUAUGCCUUGGCAGUGCUGGAUGCAGAUGUGGUUGCGGUGGACUUGGACAGAAGCCUUGACAUGUGGAUGGGCAGUCAGGGCGACCUGCAGUUCUACAAGAGAAUCACCGGGGAAGAAGUGAUGGCAGGCAACUACAUCGCCCGGAACCGGCCUUGGGUGCGGCAGUUCCUUCGCAACUGGGCUUCCUUCAAGUGGCGGAGGCCUCCAGGCUUCAGCAGCGCCGACAACGGCGCGCUACACGUGGCACUCAUGGAGGCGUUAGAACGACCCGAAGCCACUCGAGUGGCAGAGCUCUACGGCAACCUCACAGCCAUGGUGGAGGACUUGACACCCUAUUGGCACUUCGUGGAGGAAGCGAUGGUUUACCUCACCGCCCGUCAUUGGCACAUGGAAGACACGAAGUUGGGCCAUUUGUGCGGCCGGCCUUGCGUGCUCUCCAUUUGGCCUCGGAUGAGCUUCUUCGUGGAUGACGGGGUCUACCUGAAUAGGCAUGGCAGCUCCAUUGGACCGGUGAUGCACCACGGCAUCAAGGACCCGCAGGACCUGCCGCGCUACUUCGCCGACCUCGACGCCUGUCGCGCGAACCGCGGCGCCGAUGGCGCGUGGGUCUCGCCGGAGCAGCUGGGACAGGAAGCCUUGCGCCUGGCAGAAGGAUACCGGGACCUCUACCAGCAGGGUUUCUGCGAACAGUGCGCGCAGCAUUGCGUGGCCAGCUUCACAUGCGCUCCACUGGGGUGA